CCGGGUUGGAAGGAAUGAGAUAUGUCGUCAGGUCUGGAGGAAGAAUUGAAAACUCUGUUAGUCGGGGGAGUCGCCCCUCUUCCUGACACCUAUGACAUGAUGCCGGAGAGUCCUCGGCCCCUGAAGCUGAGACACAACGUGUGCUACAUUGUCAUGGGUGUAAUACUGAAUGAUCAGGACGAGGUGCUGAUGAUGCAGGAGGCCAAAACUGAGUGUCUGGGCACCUGGUACACCCCCGCCGGUCGACUGGAGAGAGGAGAGACCCUGGUGGACGGGCUUUGCCGGGAGGUGAAAGAAGAGACUGGAUUAACCUGUGAGCCCAUCACUCUGCUGGCCGUGGAGGAGAGGGGAGCCGCCUGGGUGCGGUUUGUGUUCCUCGCCCAACAUACAGGUGGCACUUUAAAGUCUCCAGCCUCAGCAGACAAGGAAUCUCUCCAGGCCUCCUGGUGGGACAGGGUUUCCCCUCUGCCCCUGCGCUGCAGAGAUAUACUUCCUCUCCUAAAGCUGGCACUGGAGUACAGGCACCAACCUUCGCACCCCCACAUCCUACCUCAGCUGUACCCCUCUCCAUUCCUCAUCCUGCGGAUGUUUCUAGUUUGCUCAACUAAACCAGAAGAAUUGUGGGUCCUGCGGAGUGCCAGUGUCCCCGCCCGCCUACCCGCCGCUGUCUGCUCCACCCAUGGAGGAAGCAUUCUCAACCCCCUGCGCAACCUGCUGCAAGAUCCCCCCAAAGCCUACGGCAUUUUAGGAGUGCAGCACCUCGGCGGGGACGGUGAAGAUGGAAUUUGUUUGACCGUCAUGGGGGUAUUCAGCGGCCCGGAACCCCCACAGGUCAGAGUGGAUAGUCUCAGCUGGGUACUCGUGGAGGAUGAAGAGCUGAAGAGCAGCAUAAAGAAGGCAACGCUCCUGCCAUUGUACAGCUGAGUCUCAGACAUGUGGGCACAUACAGAGCUUUGCAUGUAUACACCGUCUUGCUGUGAACAAUCAUCAUCACUCUUCUAUGAUAAGGCAAAUUGCAAAGAUAUUGAAUGAUUAUACCGCGAGCUG